CAGACGGGUCGAUGUGACUACCUCCUUCCACCCUUCUUGACGUUGCUCGUUCAUUGAGGGGAUCGAUCUCACCAUGCCGCCACGUCUCAACCUCUUCACCGCAAGGGCGGUCCCCGUUCUUCGCCAGGCUUGCCCGUCCCCCGCCAACAAUUCGGCUGCUUCCCGACGCAGUUUUGCGACUAUCCUUAACGCCAACAGACCCUGCGCCGCGUCGACCGGUCAUGGCUUGAAAUCUGGCCUGUCGGCUUCAAUGCGGGUGCAGAGGAGGUGCAACUCCUCCGAUGGAAAGGACAGAGCCAAGGGCCCGACCGAGGACCCAUUGCCCCAUGUUAGCGAAGAGGCCGCGGAGGUCAGCAAGAUCAUGGAUAAGAAGUGCGACGGUACCCCUGCCAGUCCUGAGUUGGAGCAGGGAACGCCCGUCUCUGAGAUCCUUCAGCGUGAUAAAGAAGCCCAGAAGCAUGCCCCCAAGGUUAUGCAAGACCAGAUGGCCCGUCCAUCGGGUACCCGUUCGUUCUCGACGUCCGCUCGUCGUCUGCAGCCGGAGGUUGAGGGAAACAACUUCGACAAGGCCUCGGCGGCUAUGGUUGCCAGCAUGCUCUCCGAGGUUAACCAACAGGCCGCGGAGCUGCACCCUGGCCUCAAGUUUCCCGCACCGCAAAGCAUUCCCAGGACGGAGAAUUUCCGUAAAAGAUACGAGACGAUAGUGGAGCAGUUCACCAAGCUGCUCAUGAAAGAUGGCAAGCUGAGCAAAGCCCAGAAGAACAUGGCGUUUAUUCUGGAUCACCUGCGCACUGCUCCUCCCCCUCAAUACAACCCUAAGCGCCGUUUGCUCCCCGGCCCUCCGGGUCCCCAGCUCCCUCUCAACCCCGUCCUCUACCUUGGUUUGAUUGUCGACUCCGUCGCUCCUCUGCUCAAGCUCCGCAACCAGAAGGGUAUUGUUGGUGGUGGUGUAUCUGUGCAGGUCCCUGCUCCUCUCGCAUUGAGACAGCGCCGGAGAACGGCAAUCAAGUGGAUUAUCGAUGCCUCGGAGAAGCGCAAGGAUAGUCAGUUUGCCCAGAGAGUUGCCAAUGAGCUGUUUGCUGUUGCAGAGGGUCGUAGUGGUGUGUGGGAUAAGAGAGAGCAGGUGCACAAGCUUGGUGUUGCCGGCCGUUCGAACAUUGCAUUGGUGCAUUGUUUGGUAUUAGAGUUACGCCUAAUUUUCAUGGUCGACUUGCAAUUAUCUCCUACUACUACUACUACUACUACCUUAUUAUAUAAGUGGAUGCAAUUUGGCUCCUACGGGCGCAUCUCGAUUGCACCGCCGCCGCUGUCUCUGCCCCGCUCUUCCCUGCCAUCCUUCCUGUCCGACACCGUGUCGUCGAAUGCCGGUGGUCGAACCUGGGCACGCAUCGCGUCUGCGAGGGGUGCCUUUACCGACGACAACGACGUAACCCCGAGGGGCCAGACUAUCGAGCUUGUCGACUAUCCUGACUCACCUGCCACACCCUCCCACCAGUCUCACGCGCCUGACCCUCGAACAACUGCACAUACCCAGCUGACUGACCGGCCGUCCGAAGACUGCCCACAGCGUCGUACAGACGACAAGGAAGGUGGUAUUCAGCCUACCCUGCGGAAGAAGCCGGUUAGAAUCAAAUAUUGGAUAGAAGCUCUUCGUCGUCAUUCUCACCGCCACAACGCCAGUGGCUCCGACAAGAUGAAGUUCUCCCACAGUCUCCAGUUCAAUGCGGUGCCGGACUGGAGUGCCUAUUAUCUUGCUUAUAGCAACCUCAAGAAAUUAAUAUACUCUCUAGAACAAGAAGUACAUCGAUCGACCGGACAGGAACAUGUAGAUGUCGAGUCAGCCCCUUUGCUCGAUGGCGGCAAUCUCAACACGGAUGCCAUCUUUCGUCGAGCCCUAGAUGCAGAAUUGGAGAAGAUCUGUUCCUUCUACCAAGCCAAGGAGGCGGAGAUAUUGGCAGAGGUCGAGGAUGUCGUCAAGGAUGCUGAGGAAUAUGCAAACCGGGCCGACUCGAUCAACGUCGACCCGAUGAGUGAGAGCAUGAUAAAGGCUCGCACGACAAGUUCCCAUUCCAGGCAGCGACCUGGAAGUUUUUUCCGGCAGAGUCAUGAACGGCGUCAUAGCACGUUCAGCGAAACACUAGCCGACGAAGAAGACGAUGAUGAUGAUUUGGACAGUGAUGACGAACCCGCUUCGUUGUCGAAUCAGAACAGGUCCCAGUCGCAUGGCGCCGAGUCUAGCAACCCGGAUGGGUGUCGUACGGACGACAUGAGAGAUUCCGGGCUCUGGGCCGCCGAUUCCAGACUCUUGGGCUACGGAGGUCCGUCCGCCCACCGUGGGGGUGCACAGGACGAACGGUUUUCGGAUCCAACCGUCGUGGAUCUCUACAAUGCCGGUCUCUCGCUGAAGAAGCGGGCCGUUGCGGCCUAUGUUUCCGUCUGUGGACUCAAGUCGUAUAUUCAGCUUAACAAGACCGGCUUCUCCAAGGCAUUGAAGAAGUACGAUAAGAUUCUUGACCGCAAUCUUCGACGGGAGUACGUGAACUCGGUCGUGUCCCCGGCGUACCCCUUCACCGACUCUACCAUGGGCCUGGUAGAUGACAACAUCAACAAGGUUGAAGAGGUUUACGCGAAUAUCGUCACCACGGGUAAUAUUUCCUUGGCUAAACGUGAACUUCGGCUGCACCUCAGGGAGCAUGUUGUCUGGGAACGCAACACAGUGUGGAGAGAAAUGAUAGGCAUCGAAAGGAAGGCUCAAGCCGCCAACGUUGGUAUUCGCAGGACGCUCCUGGGAGGAGACGAGGACCCUUCGAGAGCCCGACGUCAAGGGGACGAGCAGGAAGCCAUGCCGAAGGUACUCAGGACGCCUUUUGGUGCUGUCCAAAUUCCACAGUGGCUCUUUAGCUUGAGUUUCGGCACCCUCGUUUUCAUCCUGUUGGUCUUUGGCAUCUUGCUUUCUGCUCCGAUAAUGGAGAAGCCGGAGCAGCAAAACUGUCUGGCUAUGCUUGUUUUCGUCAGUUUACUGUGGGCUACAGAGGUCAUCCCUCUCUUCGUCACAUCCCUACUCAUUCCUUUCCUCGUCGUAAUGCUUCGGAUCAUGCUGUCCGAAGCCAAGCCUCACGAACGCCUAGGGGCCAAGGACGCCACCAGUGCGGCUUUCAGCGCCAUGUGGACACCAGUCAUAAUGCUAUUGCUUGGCGGCUUCACGAUCGCUGCCGCCCUAUCGAAGUACGAUAUCGCUCGUCGAAUGGCAAUGUUUGUCUUGAGUAAAGCUGGCUCCAACCCCAACGUCUUGCUUCUCACCAAUAUGUUUGUGAGCAUGUUCCUGAGUAUGUGGAUCAGCAACGUCGCAUCGCCCGUGCUCUGCUACUCGAUCAUCCAACCUCUCUUGCGAAACCUAGCGCCCGAUUCAAGCUUUGCCAAAUCCCUUGUUCUGGGCAUCGCUCUGGCCGCUAACGUCGGUGGUGCUGCGUCGCCGAUCGCAUCUCCCCAGAACAUCAUCGCGCUGCAGAACAUGUACCCGAGCAUCAGCUGGGGUACCUGGUUCUUCAUCUCCCUGCCAGUGUGCAUCCUCUCCAUUCUCUUGAUCUGGGUCCUCUUAGUGGUUACCUUCAAACCCGGUCGGGAAACCGCCGUCGCCAUCCGCCCCUUGAAAGACAAGUUCACCGGCGUACAAUGGUUCAUCAGUAUCGUCACACUCUUCACCAUCGCAUUAUGGUGUGGCAGUCACCAACUCGAGCACAUCUUCGGCGACAUGGGCGUCAUCGCCAUCAUCCCCAUGGUCCUAUUCUUCGGCACUGGUAUUCUCAACAAAGAAGACUUCAACAACUUCCUCUGGACAAUCAUCAUCCUAGCCGCCGGUGGCCUCUGCCUCGGAAAGGCCGUCACGUCCUCCGGCCUCCUGCACACCCUCGCCAGCGGCAUCCGGGAACGGGUGGAACACCUCAGUCUCUACGGCGUGCUACUUGUCUUCUGCUCUUUGAUCCUCGUCGUCGCCACCUUCAUCUCCCACACGGUAGCAGCCCUAAUCAUGCUUCCCCUGGUGCGACAGAUUGGCAUCAGCAUGGCCGACCCUCAUCCGAACCUGCUCGUGAUGGCGAGCGCAUUGAUGUGCUCUGUGGCCAUGGCUUUGCCGACCAGUGGCUUCCCUAACAUGACGGCAAUCAUGACGGAAGUGCCCCAGACUGGCCAGCGGUACCUGCAGGUCCGCCACUUCUUCACCCGUGGUAUCCCAGCCAGUUUGAUGUCAUUCGUUGUGGUCGUGACGGUCGGUUACGGGCUGAUGUACAUUGCUGGACUAUUCGCUAUAUCUGAACUCGCUAUAUCUGGAUUUGCUUUUGGCUAG